GGAAGUGCUACCUAUUAAGUAACCAUAAAUUUUCUUUCUCAACAUGCUUAAGAUAAAUCACGACUUUAAAUUGACCUAAUAUUAAAUUAUAUAAAUAUUUAAAACAUAUACCAUGAGCAAGAAUCAAUAAUCUUUCCGGAAAUUCCACUGGCUGCUUUAUAAAUAACCUAUAAAAACCAAACUAAUCCUAAAAUGAAUACAGUUGAUAAUAAUCAAAUAACUGUUUCCAAACUCAAUGUUGACGGGGAAAACUUGUACAUCCAAAUUUUUUGGGAAAAUACUAAAGAGUGUUUGUUCAAUAUGAAGUUGUAUGAAAGACACAACAGUUGGUCUGGGCAUUUUACCUCCGACUACGCAAGUAUAUUAGAAGAGCCGGAAGAAGAAUACAAUAGUAAUGUAAAAAAUGGACUCUUAGGCAAUAGUAAUAAUUUUAUAUUUAAGUUUGUUCAUUUGCCUGGAGCUUGUUCUGCUCAAUUCAAUUGGAAAAAAGUUUUCGAUGAUGGAACAGAGAUGCCUUAUGGUUCUGUUAAACUGCAGCUUGAAGAUGAAUCCAAAGACAGUUUAGUGGAUUAUUUGAUAAAUGAAAAUAAAGAACUCAAAAGUCUUGUUGAAUUAAAUAUCAGAAAGAAUGCUGAUCUUAGUAAUAAAGUUGAGAAAUGUCAAAGCGAAUUAGAGCAAUUUGUCAAUGAGAAAAUAUCUUUAGAAAGCAAUUUAUAUGGAAAGUUUGUACAAUUACUAAAUGAAAAAAAGGAGCGAAUAAGACUGCUAGAGGAAAGUAUUCAGAAUAUGAAUUAAAAUAAUGAAAGCCAUA